GCAGUGUCCGGGCGUCUCUCUGUCCAGUAACCGUCAGAAAACUGUCCCGGAAAGUUCGGCGUGACUCAAAGGUCUUCUGGUGAACACAGUGAGGUCAGGUGACCUGGGCACAAUGUGUUCCACAAAGGAGUCCUGAGUACAACUAGGAUGUGAACUUCUCAACAGCACCCUAAAGAAGACUGACACAAAAAUGUUGGUAACCCUACUGAGUCUAAACUGAAGGGCUGUCCUGAUUCAAUGUGACAAAAAGACACCAUCGUUAUUAAAUGAGAACUGAUCAGCUUUCCAAGCUUGUAACAGCAUGCCAGCUGCUAAAGGUAAAGGUCAUCCAACGUUCCAACGCUACCGACCAGCCUCUGAGUAUGAUGACGCCACUCUUGCCCAAAAGAGAGAAUACUGGAGAAACAAGAAACGAGAGCAGAGGGCACGACUGUCAGAGCAGAUACAAAAGCCAAGACAGGACAGACGGAAGGAAAAGAUCCCGUAUCUUUAUGUUUCUGCAGGGGUGAACACCAGUUUAUCAGACUCUGCAUUGUCCCCAUCUUUUCGAAGUAAUGAUGACUUGUACAAUUGUCCAUCAAAGACUGAAAACACAGUUGAGACCAGGUCAACUGACACUGCUACCAGUCGGAGGGAAGACUGGCCAGAGACAAACAACAACACAGUCUUGUGUAACUCACAGCCAACAUCAUGUUCUGUUGUAGCUCCAACAGAUAAGGAGGGUGCAGUCUUAAUGAAAUGCCAAACAAGGAUGAGUGCUAACAGUGUGGCUACUUCACUUACAUCUAGUAGAACCAGACCAAGCAUUGGUUCAUCAGUGCCUGUAGUCAGACUGACUAAAAUUACAGAUGGCAGCUCUAUUAAAACAGAACCUCAGCCAUGUGCAUCUAUGCAGAGCAAAUUAGACUCCAAAACCCAACUCAAGGACCAGAUUCUAUUACCCAUUCAGCUUACGGCCUUACCAUCAGAGGUGGCGACAGAUACAACUUCACACAGUCCUGUUUCCAGUAAAACAAAAGGCAAAACAACAGGACCUGAAAGUGGAACAAAGAGUGCCUUGAUCACUGAGCGAAAGGCUAAAGGUGUUGGUAGUGUGCAACUUUCUCUGGAGUCCGAAGAAGAGAAAGCAGCCAAGCGCAGAGAGCACUGGCGAAUCAAAAAACGGGAGCAGAGAGCAAAACUAGCUAAAGUCAAAGAAAGAAUACAAAACAGAGACAUGAUGUCCCAGAAGCUAACAGCGCACAAAAUGGGACUUGUGGCCAGCUCGGUUCUUCCAUCCCAGCUGGUUUUGAGAGCAGCAAGUCAGAAACAGUGUGCUGUUAGGGUUAAAGUGCCGUACCUAACCAUCAGACAGGAGACUACAAAACUGCAAGAUGGGUUAGCCUCUGUAGCUGGAACUAACUUGCAAAUAAACCAGGUAAAAGCACAAAAUUAUCACAAGAACAGAAUAGCGCAGACAUCCGUUACAGCAUUUGAUGUUAAUUCUGUCAAAAAGCCAGUAGAACCACAGAGGAACCUUAGUUUUGUGAAUCCUUGUGUUCCCCGGGGUAUUGCUCGAUGCAAAACACCUAGACAAAGGUUUAUUGAUGCGCAGAAGAAUUUUAUGAAUCAGAGAAAUUUAAGAUACAGACCUCCCACAAUAGCUUCAUUAUUUCCUACCAUGGGUAUGCCUAAAAUUGAUCCAAAUGACACACCAGAACAGAUAAUAGCCAAGCGUCGAGAGUACUGGCGGGUUAAAAAGCGUGAACAGCGAGCUAAGCUGUCAUUCGAGAUGAAAACUAGGGUGAGGGAAAAAGACGCGCUGAUACGAAGAGUGACACGUUACCAGCAAAUCCUUGCAGAGAUGAGAAAGACAAGAGCACUAGCUCAGGCAACAGGAAGUGAUCUUAAUCCUGCCUCCGAGACCAUUGGAGGGUUCAUCAAAGAAGAUGGAACACUGACGGCUAACAUCCCCAAAGGUCUGAAGAGUCAAAACACAGUUGGCUUUUCAAAGGCUAUCACCGUAAUGCAAGAGCAUCAUAGAACUAAUAUGAAGACAAGAGGUGUCGAUCCCAUCACGGUGAACCAGCUUCGGCCUCCACAUCACUCGUUUCCUCUCACUGACAACAAAACCCCAAGAUUACUUCUAAUCAAACCACAGUCUCAAAUUAACACCCCCACUGUUGAAAGUACACAAUUAGCCACCAAAUCUUUUCAAAAUGCAGAAUCAAAACCAGAAUCAGACUACAAUGGGUGUGUCAUGAAAAUGGCAGUUUCAAGUCACGUACCACUUCUGGCAUCUCAAGAUCAGGGGCUGACGGAAGAAGAGAGAAUGGCAAAGAAAAGGGAGUACUGGAGGAUAAAGAAACGUGAACAGCGAGCGGCUCGGGCUGUUCGACUCAAGCUCAGUGUUUUACAAGCAAGAACUAGUUCAGCCUUACUGAGGAGGAAGGUUCAGAGGCAAGAACUGGCAACCACUGUGCAAAUGAACAGAAGUCGUCGAAAAUGUACAGGAAAUGCGGAAGAUCUCAACCACACCACCACCACAGUACCUGAUAUGCCACAUGUAAAUGAGAUCAAACAAGAAAGCAGUGCUCUAUCAGAAGCUGACCUAAAUUCUCCACCACAACAAGGCGUCUGUCCAUAUAUCAAACCCCCAACUUUCACAACUGCACCUCCAGCGCAACAGCCAGAGUCCGACUCAUCUCUGAGCACAGACAGCCAGGCUACCACCCUGCUAGCUGUGGCUUCGAUGAAGAAACUCCUGGAGGAGUCGCUUAGCACGGUUACAGAAUGUCAAACUAAAGAGAUAAAACGCUGGGAGCCUGGUAGUGAUGUAUCGGAACAGAAAGAGACAUUAAGCUCCAGCCUCAACAACUCACCCAAGAUUAUUGACACUCUUCCCCCUCAUCCUACCUGCAGCGAGGUGGAACAUUCCACUGGUGAGCUCUCAUCCCAGACCCCUCCUAACUUUACACUGGAUCUGUCUUUGGAAGCGUCCAACAACCCUGCUUCACCACCCAAAACCCGGAGAUUUUGUAGCAAAGAAACAACCCAUCAAAACUACUGCUCCUCAGAACCACCAAAGCUCCAUCACAUCCCAGAUUUAUCCCCCGAGCAUUCAGAACCACAGCAACAGUUCUGCGAACAACAGAGUGGAGUACCGGAACAGUACCAGAACAACAACAUGGUGUCAACACCAAGGUCCUGCCAUGUGGUUGCAGGGCACAGCGGUCUGACAAGUCUGCAGAAGAAGAGGGAGUACUGGAAGCUGAUGAAGAGGCAGCAGAGGGCUCGCUUACGAGCCCAGCAGAAGGAGCAGCAUGGAGAGAGCAGCUGUUGCCAGCUGUUCCCAACAAACAUUGAGGUGAGGGAACACGACAACAGUUUUUAA